AUGGGUGCACAGUUUGGCUGGUCUACCCUAUCACCAACAGACAACAGCAUUGUCAAGAUGGCACUGCAAGGCUUCAAAAGGCAGAACUCUUCACCGACCAUCCGGAAAGACCCAAUCACACCGGACAUUCUGACAAAGCUGCAUAUCAACCACGGUCACUCCUCGGCAACACUGGCAGAUCUGCGCAUCCUGUUUGUUUGUUUCAUUUCUUACGCCGGAUUCCUUCGCUUCGAUGACAUAAGAAACAUUAGCAGAAAUGACUGUACAAUAUCUUCAGACCGUCUUACCAUACACCUUUGCAAAUCCAAGUCUGACCAAUUUAGGCAAGGGACAGAUGUCGUGAUCGCUAGAACUUUCAAACCGACUUGCCCAGUGCUCGUGGCCGAACGGUAUUUUUCGGCUCUAGGCGAUCCCAACAACUCAACCUUACCGGUGCUUCGCAGAUUUGUUGCCACCAAGAAAGGCCUCACAUCGUCCACCAAACCACUCAGCUAUACACGCACACGCGAGAUAGUACUGGACGCUCUACGAACCAUCGUCCCCGAUGUUGCCACUUACGGUCUUCACAGCUUGAGAUCAGGCGGGGCAUCUGCUGCCUUCAACGCAAACGUUCCUCCAUUCCUGAUAUCCAAACAGGGCAGGUGGAAAACGGAGAGCGCCAGCAACGUAUAUUUUCAGUUAGACAAGUCGUCUAAUUUGCUUGCUACUAGGAACCUUGUCAUUUAA